AAAAAAAAAAAAGUUUGUUCGUUUGUUUAUUUUUUUUUUCUUUUCAUAAGGACACAAUCAGAACCCAACUCAUACACGUCCGAUCGCCAUAACCAUGGAGGACUACGACAGAUCAGGAACCUACAGCUAUGGAGGCAACAGCCACAACUUCAACGCCAGCAGCAGCAACAACAACAUGCAGUUGCAGACCUACUAUGGCGGACCCCACGAGCUCAGGUGCUACAGUGCCUCCUACGCGCAGGCCCAAACGAACGGUAACUUCCAUGGCGACAAUAAAAGGAGGGACUUUAAGCUGAAGAAAGGGAAGAGCACAUCUGCGUCGGCCUCCAACUCCUGGAGCAUCGCCGAUCCCGAGCUGCAGAGGAAGAGGAGGGUCGCGAGCUACAAGAUGUACGGGGUCGAAGGGAAGGUCAAGGGGUCCUUCAGGAAGAGCUUCCGGUGGCUCAAGGACAGGUACUCUCAGGUCGUCCAUGGUUGGCGGUGAAUGGUGGUGCUCUUGUGAGGUUAUGGCGUUGGUAAUUUUUUUGUUCUUGAAUUUGACAUUGAUAUGGUCAAUCUUUAGGGAAUUUGGACUGAUACGGAGGAGGGAAGAUAUAAAUUUUGGUGAUUCGGGGCUUUGAUGAUUCCUGGCAAUUUUUAAUAUUCUUCCCGUGCUACACUAGAUGUUACAGCUCAAGUGUUGAAAUUGAGAUUGAUGUUUGUGGAGAGAGAGGCCGAUGCUCUCUUAGUUCCAUGGCAAGUACUUCAACUUGUGAUGAUGGGCCUAAACAUUCUGUCA